AUGUUGAUUCGUAUGAAUUAUCAUUUCCUUUUGUAAAAGAGUAAUAAAUGAGAAUAAUACCUUUCUCAUUUCAUUCAAAUUUUUACCUCAACUGAUGAACACUUUCACUUAAAUGAUUAAAAAUUUAGUUUAUUUUAUGUAACGAUCAAACAAAUCUUUAAAACAAAAAAGAACUGAAAAAUGAUAAAGAUUAAAUCUAUAUUAAUUUACAGUACAUCUUUUUUACUUUUAAUGUUACUUCUUUUACUCUACAUACUUGGAGCUGCUCGUUAUGUUACGGAUUUUGAAGAAAAUACUUGUGAUAUGACAUAUAUGUUUGAAUAUCCACAGUAUGUGAGAAUAUCCUUGGACAAUGAAAUAGAAGAACGAUAUCUUAGAUAUAAAUUAUAUGCGUAUGGAGAAGGUUUUACUACAGAAAAACUCAGAAGAAUGUAUUUUUCUGGAAUACCAGUGCUUUUUAUACCAGGCAAUGCUGGAUCUCACGAACAAGUAAGGUCUCUUGCUUCCGUGAGUUUGAGAAAAAGUUUAAAAGAUAGGACUCCAUUUCAUUUUGACUAUUUUACAGUAUCAUUAGGAAAGGAUUAUUCUGGCUUAUAUGGAGGUGUACUAAUGGACGAGACUUUAUAUGUUUCAUACUGUAUAAAAAAAAUUUUAAGUUUAUACAAAUUUAAUGUGGAGAACAUUGUGCUUAUUGGACAUUCAAUGGGAGGUAUUAUAGCUAAAGGAUCUGUCUUAUUGACUCCAAAUAUAAAUGCUAGUGUUGCAAGUAUGAUUAUAACUUUGGCUACUCCUCAUACACCUACAUUGGUGUUAGACAGUACUUUUGCCAAUUAUUAUCACGACUUGGACAAUCGUUUAAGUCAACUGAAAGAUGCUGGAACAAGUGUGAUAUCGAUAGGAGGUGGACCACGAGACAUACUCGUGACUUCAACUCAAAUUUUAGAUUCUACGGCUGAUAUUAAUGUCCUUUCUACCAACAUACCAGAUGUCUGGAAAUCUACGGAUCAUUUAAGUAUUCUUUGGUGCAAACAAUUAGUGUUCUCCAUUGUGCGUUUAUUAUUUGACUCUGUUAGUACUACUCAGAGGCCUUUGAAAAUUUCUUCCAACGCUGAUGAAAGAAUGCAGGCUUUAUCGUAUCAUAUUUAUCAUCGUGCUUCCGGGAAAAAAUUAUACCGUUACAAAGAAGUAGUAGAAUUUGAACCUGGCGGUGAGUGGAUAGAAGAUACUCGAAGACAUUAUACAUGGAGUAAUCAAAAUUUAUCUAAAAGGACAUCUCCUAUUUAUCUUAUGAUUAGAUUCAAUGGACAGCCAGAUCAUUUAACUAUUGACACUGUAAAUUUAAAAUCAAAAGAUUGGUUGUUCGUUUGCACAGCAUCUAGCAUACAAGGACAAUCAAGAGUUUGUAACUGGGGCUGGAACUUAUCAAAUAAAACAAGAAUGUUACCAGAUCCUUUGUAUCAACUAAGAAAAACUGUCGACUUAGAUCUUCAGGAAAUGAAAUACCCUGGUGCAACUCACAUUAUAGUAAGACUUACACCAGAUAAUUUUGAAAAAUAUGUUGCCGUAAAUGUCGAUAUGUAUUCUUAUAAUACAAGACUUAUACCUAUUGCGGACAGUGUACCUCUAUUGAAAAGUUUACUUAUCAAACCCCAAAUAAAACAAUCUGAUACUGGACAUGUCAGAUAUUAUGCUACUUUUGAUAAUAUUAUGAACGCUAUAACAGUUGAACUUAAAGCAUCUGUAUGUACAGACCCAAAACACCAGGCACUUGUUGAAUUAUCUGAACCAUGGAGCAUUGGUGUUACCCAAUUUCAGUUUUUUACCGUUGUGGAUAAUGGGCCAAAAACGAUGAAACUUCAAACCAGUCAUAAAUAUUCUAGUGUUUCUCCAUAUUUAAGAAUAACUUUAGAUCCUGCAUGUUCUUACACAAUUAAUAUACAAAAAAGUGGUAUCAUAGAUCAAAUUUCUUGUAUUGUACGGGAUCGUUGGUACCUUCUAUAUACAACGAUUAUUAGUUUACUUUUAGUAUUUUUAUCAAUGCGAAUCAAUCACAGGCAUGACCAAACUCCAACGAUAGUAGUGACAAUAUUUUUGUCAUUUUACUAUCAUUUAAUAUUUGAAUGUUUAAUUGCUUUAGCAAUUCUUUGCGUAUUCGCCAUUGGAAUAUGCUGUACCAUUAUAUUCCUUGGUUCAGUGGCACAUAGUAUUGCUGUUAGGUUUCUGGCACGUGCAAUAGCUUUUUCAACAACAUGGUCAGAUUGGCUACUCGGAGGAUUAAAUCAGUUGCCCUUUAUUACCACUAUUCUUGUCUUGUCUUUAAUUCCUGCAACUUGUGGAGCUCUAGCUAUGUUAAUUUCAGUUUUUCUAUAUUUUUUAAACUUAACGAGAAUGUAUGAAGAUUACUUAGAAGAACUAUUAAUGGCUUCGUUACAACAUUUCAACUGGAUAAAACAAUUCAGAAAUACAAAAGAUUCUAAAGAACAUGAAAAUACGAGACAAAAAAUAUUUGAUCAUCUUCUUCUGUUCUUACUUUGGUGUUUUACUGCUAUUCCAGCUAUACCAUCUGUACUCGUUUGGGCAAAAAAUUUCAGUUACGACAUGAGGCUUUCUACCGAAGAUCCUUUACUAUAUCAAAGCUGGAUAGUUUUAAUAGCAUGUAGUACAUCAGGGUGGUUACAAAUUUCUCCAAAUAACAUUGGAACCCGGUCACAAGUAUUAGCUAGCAUAUUAUAUUUCUUAGGUUGGGUUCUACUUUCGAUGGGAGCUGCAUCCAAUCCACCCUUUUAUCAAUAUUAUAUCCCACCUAUCAUUGCUGGAACUACUACUCUCAUUACAUUAAAUUUCAUGAUUUCUUAA